GUAUCGUGCACAGCGCUCGCGAGCGGUUUCGCGGUGUGCAGGCUUCUCUUACUAGAACCCGGAGGGAACGCAUUUGCUAAAUUUAGCUAAAAUCUUGGCGCAAAAUCGCAUUUGCGCAGCCCCGAUGGCCGAUCCGGGGGCGGGGACGCCCGCGGCGGACGGCCAGGGGUCCUGGGAGUCCGCGCUGCUGCCCUUAAACCUAUCGUCCAUCACCAUCGCAUGGGCCAAGCUCCACAUCCAGAAGCACGCCGCCGAAAGCAUCCUGCAGGAGAAGGGCUUCAUCGUGAACAUCUUUGCGCCGCUCCUGACGACGGUGCUGCCCCACGCAAGGAAGAGUUGGCGAGCCGUGGAUAAAAAAGUACGCGCCGCCCUCGACGCGACGCGCGCCGCAAGGGCUGCCUCGGCCGCUCAAGCCGCCCUGGCGGCGACGCCACAGGUGGGCGCCGACGCUGCGGCCGAGGACGACGAGCUGGGCGACGACGAGGUCGAGCUCGAGGCGCGUCGCGAAUGUACGUUAUUUUGCGGUCGCCUUGUAUGACCUUUCGACCUCUCACAGGCAACGACGCGGCCCUCGACGUGCUCAACCUGGGCGGCGCGGCCGACGAGAGCGACGAGGACGACGAGGGCGGCCACGCCGAGCGCGCAAUCGAGAACCUGGGCGAGGAGGUCCAGCGCCAGCACUUCUACUACAAGCGCGAGCUCGACGACCUCGAGCCGGACGAGCUGCGCGCCCAGCUCGAGCUGCGCGGCAAGGCAACCCAGGGCACGAAGGCGGACCUCGUCGAGCGCCUCUGGGUGAUGGUCCAGGAGGAAGAGAAGGUCGAGGAGGGCGGCGACCAGUCCGUCAAGAUGAACUUGCACCGCCUCAAGCAGCUCUUGCUGCACCUGAUGCUGCGGUGGGACGGCAAGACGCUCGGAUGGAAGGGAGGGGCGUCGGUACGGUCCUUAAUUGUUGAGCAGCUCGAGGACGACGCAGACCUGCAAGCUGCGUUCUACGCGUCGUGCGCGCGGCGCUCCGUCGUUGGCGUGGCCUGGUCCGGCGAAGUCGCCGUGGCCGCCGCGUGCGACCGCUCGUCGUUUUUUGCGAACUUCUGGCGUUUCUUCGAGGUGGAAGUGCGGCUCGCGACGGUGCCCUACCAGAGCUGGGUCGAGGGCGAUCUGCUGCGCUUUUUGGAGGCUCUCCCGUCCAUUACCCUCCAGGUCUGCGCCGCGCCGAAGCCCUUGAUCCGAAAAUACAUGCUUCUGAAUAUGGAGCGGCUACUCCACUACAAGGACAAGCACCCCGACGUCCUCAAGUUUAUCUCUAGAAACUGCAAGCGCCUCGACGAGGAGGACGUCGAGCUCACGAAUGCACUACUCGGGCGCUUCUGCCACGCGCGCCAGGUCGCCGACAUCGAUACGUACAUCCACGUCUCGGGCCUGCUCGGGGGCCUCCACCAGCUCACGGCGGAGCUGGACGCGCGAGCGUUCAAUAGGAAGCCCCAGGCGUCCGAGCACGUGCGCCUGCGCGAUUUAUACUCGACGCCGUCGUGGAAGGAGUCGAACGCGGUUCUCGACAAUUGGAUCUUGGAUACGGCGCUACGCGCUGCUGCCGGGGACGCGCAGCUCGAUGCGGCCUGGGAGCGCGACGACCGCUUCAAACGCGCGUUGGACAACAUGCCGAUUUGGGAGGGCCAGCUCGAGUCGUGGCUUAAGACGAAACGGCGGCGCGAGGCCGCUCCAGGGCCUGGGCCGGCGCCGGCGCCCGGAUGAGUAUGAGGCGGUUCCAGGGCCUGCGCCGGCGCUGUCGUUCGGAUCGAGUAUGACAUCUAAGUAAGACAUACAUUUUCUUAA